AUGAAUAUCUUUAUGCCAGUAGGCCGAUCGGCUUACCUUCGCAACGGUACACAACCACAUAUCGUCUACUUGAACCGUGCACUCAGAGCACGUUCGUCCACAUCGUCACAUUUCACUCCUUUCUCAAACCGGCGGCCUGAUCGAGCCACACACGGACAGUUACCUGACCGGCCCGCGCGGACACGUUUUGCACCGUCUCCGACAGGCUAUCUUCAUCUCGGGUCUCUUCGGACGGCACUGUAUAACUACCUUUUGGCCCGUGCUACCAAUGGGAAGUUUAUACUCAGACUAGAAGACACAGAUCAGUCACGGAUUGUCCCUGACGCAGAGGACCGCUUAUACGAUGACCUGAGGUGGGCAGGACUUACAUGGGACGAAGGUCAAUAUGCCCGUACUGGCGGUGUCCCGACUGUUGCGGCCCAUAUGGCCCUUAUAAGCAGUCUGAACGUCUUCAUAUUUAUCAACAAUACGUCAACCGACUUUUACAAGAGGGUAAAGCGUUUCGUUGCUUCUGCUCACGGCACACUUGGUACAUACCCGGGAAAGUGUUUGCCCAUCCCUGCAAAUGAAUCAGCAGACAGAGCGGCGAGAGGAGAGGCACAUACUGUCAGAUUUCGCAGUGGCCCCAACCCGGCAACUGUAUAUGACAUCGUGUACGGCCUCUACAAGAAAAAGCUACCCGAAGACCAUUUUAUCAUCAUGAAGAGCGACGGUUUCCCGACCUACCACUUCGCUAAUGUUGUUGAUGAUCAUCUUAUGGAGAUCACACACGUGGUUCGUGGUGCAGAAUGGCUUAUAUCCACUGCUAAGCACGCGAGCUUAUAUGAUGCCUUUGGCUGGGAGGCACCCAAGUUUGCCCACGUUGGACUUCUUGUCGAUUCCCAUCGGCAAAAACUGAGCAAACGGAACAUGGACAUCGGAAUUGACUCGUACAGACGAGAUGGCGUACCACCAGAAGCGCUGUUGAACUUUUCGGCACUCCUUGGAUGGAAUCCCACAAAGUCGCCAAACAAAGGGGUCAUGAGCCUUGACGACAUGGUCAAAAAUUUUGGUUUGAAGUUUACCAAGGGGGAUAUCGUUGUCAACACGGAGAAGUUGGGGUUCUUCCACAAAAAGCACAUUCAAAUGGCACUCAGCAACCCGUCGUUGGAGAAUGACCGCAUUGUCGACGAAUAUAUCAGUGACCCCGUGCUGCAGCUGGUGCGCGAGACCGAGGCCAAAAGACAGCGCCCUUCGGCAGACGGCCUGCAAGGGCAGCUGACGGAUAGAAAUUCACUUUCCUUGCUUGGCGAGCCAAUAUUUCAGUUGCUUCCCUAUGAAGGCAACUUGGAUGACGGUCACAUCCGUAAUCGCAUCCGUACCGCUGUACGGAUAUGUCGAAAUGAAGCGGUCACCAUACCUAGCUUUUUCCACGCAAUUCGAUAUCUGGUCUGGAAGCCACCAGCCAUAUACAUCAAGGAGUUACUUCCUGGCGUCCUACCAGAUUCCGCUAGCUUGUUCAUCGAUGAAGCACCUAGUUCUACGCGUGGUGUUAUGGAAUAUUUUAUUGAACAACUUGGCCGUAUUGACGACAAGAAUUGGUUUGCAGACACGAUACAGACCACACUCGGAGACAUUACAAAGCGUGUUACGUACCGUGAGGCCGAAGGUACACCGGUGGCGGCUGGUUACAAGUUUUUGCGCUGGGGUCUUCUUGGUCUCAACAAGGGACCGCAAAUAUCGCACCUCAUGGAAUACCUCGGUAGAUCCGAAACACUGAGCAGAGUCCGACUCGCAAGCACUGUUACCGACUCUCGGUUGGACUAA